GGAGACUGUGCGCAAGCGCGAUGAGGGACUGAAGGGACGAAGAGAUGGAGGAAGAGGAGCACGAGGUCUAUGGCGGCGAGAUACCCGACGAGGCUGACAUGGACGCCGACGUAGACAUCGGUCGCUCCGACGAGGACGCUGCUAAGUUGCAGGAACUCGACGAGAUGAAGAAGCGGCUCAAGGAGAUGGAGGAGGAGGCCGCCGCUCUCCGGGAGAUUCAGGCCAAGGUUGAGAAGGAGAUGGGCGCCGCCCAAGGUCCGAUCUCCUCUCCGUCGCUAGACCCUGCAGGUUCGGCAGCAACACAAGCAAGCAAGGAGGAGGUUGAUGCUCGUUCUGUAUUUGUUGGCAAUGUGGAUUAUGCUUGCACACCCGAAGAAGUACAGCAGCAUUUCCAAUCAUGUGGGACGGUUAAUAGGGUUACCAUCCUGACAGACAAAUUUGGUCAGCCGAAGGGUUUUGCCUAUGUUGAAUUUCUGGAGCUCGAGGCUGUUCAGGAUGCUCUUCAGUUGAAUGAAUCCGAACUGCAUGGUCGCCAAAUCAAAGUUGCUGCUAAACGUACUAAUGUUCCAGGAAUGAAGCAAUUCCAUCCAAGGCGGUUUAAUCCCUACAUGGGAUACCCAUAUAGGAGGCCCUACAUGCCACCAUACUUUGCCUCCCCUUAUGGAUUUGGGAAGGUGCCUAGAUUCAGAAGGCCAAUGCGCUUUAGGCCUUAUUACUGAUCAGUUGCGAGCCUUAUUAGCUAGUAUGUCAUUGGUGCAACCGUUAUGGGAACAUCGCUGAGGUUUGUUGCAGUUUGGAAUUUAAUGGGUGAAAAAGAAAAUCCUACCUAUACACCCGAGACCAAAGCAUCAAGAGAUUUCCAUUGUCACUCUCACUUUUUAUAGCUUGAUUGCUGGCUAUAUUUUACCUUCCUGCUGCCAGUUUGCUUUA